GGUCUCGGGCCCUCAGGCGGAGCGGCGGGCGCCGGACCCCCAGGCGGAGCGACAGGUCUCGGGCCCUCAGGCGGAGCGGCGGGCGCCGGACCCCCAGGUGGAGCGACAGGCGGGGCGGCGGGCGCCGGACCCCCAGGCGGAGCGGCGGGCGCCGGACCCCCAGGCGGAGCGACAGGUCUCGGGCCCCCAGGCGAAGCGGCGGGCACCGAGUCACCAGGCACGACAGUGGGCUCCGAGUCAACUGGCAUGACCGCUGGCACUGGGUCAGACAUUGGAUCAUCUGGCUGGACAGCGGGCAUCGGGUCACCAGGCAUCAAGUCAUUUGGCUCGACAGCGAGCACUGCGUCAUCUGGCAAGGCAGUGGGCUCCGAGUCAACUGGCAUGACCGCGGGCACUGGGGCAGACAUUGAAUCGUCUGGCUGGACAGCGGGCAUCGGGUCACCAGGCAUCAGGUCAUUUGGC